AUGUAACAAACUCGAUCACCUUUGUCAUAAAUUGAUUGUAAUCAGAAUACUUAUAGAUCUCAAGCUUCAAAGACAUAAGAUAUAAAUUAUUAGAUUUAAUUUUAAAUACCAAAAUAGAAACUUUCAACUGUUCCUGAUUCUCUAUAAGAAAAUAAUGCUGUUUACAUGAGUCCAAGAAAUACCAAGCUAAAAACUUAAACUUUUCUAUCUCCCAAUUGUAGAUCUCCUUUAACAAAUAGGAAAUAAAUAAAAACAAUUUAAUCUCCUUAUAACUUAUCUAUACAUUCAGCCUAAUCACCUAUCAAAAUUGGAAAUAAUACUGCUCAAAAUUUUAAAUAAGAACUUGAUUAUUUUAAAUUAAAAAAUAGUAAUCUUUAGAAAUAAAUCCUUAAUUUAACAUCUUAAAUAUAACGUGGCUAAUCAAAUACUCUAAUUAAAGAAUUACAAUAAAAAAUAUAAUUAUUAACUUAAAUGAAUGAAAAAUUAACAUUAGAGAACAAACAAUUGCAAUAAAAAGGAGAUUUAGACUAACUUAAAAAGAAUAUUGAAUAAUAAUUGUAAUUAAUAAAGGAUGAUGAAAGAAAAUUAAGGGAAAUUAAAGAAAAUUAAGAAAAAUAUGAAACAUCUAAACUUGAUCUAAUAAAGAACUCUACAACAGACUAUAUUACUUAAUUAAUACUUGACCUUGAAGAGCGAGUCCAUAUUUUAAUAGUUGAAAACGCUAAUUUAAAUAAAGUGUUCAAUUAAAGAAUAAAAUUAAAUGAAAGAUUCAACACUUUAGAAUUGUAGUUGAAAUAAACUUAAGUUUAAUUUUAGAAGGUUAAGGUUGAGGAAAAAUUAAUAAAAACAAAAUAUAAUUAAAUAAAGAAAAAAUGA